AUGGCAGAACAACUUAAGAGAAAACUGCGUAUUUUUGAAGCGAAAAAACAAACUCUUUUCCAGCGCUUACAGAGACUGUACGAUAUUAGUAAGGAUUUAUCCGAUCCGAAUGUUUUGAAUAAUUUUAAAAUUUCAUAUAUGUCUUUGGAUGAAACUCGAAGUCAACUCUUGGAGAUUGUUGAAAAAAUUAAUACCAUAUCCCUGGAGUUAGAUAACGCAAGUAUUCCGAAUUUUCAAAUUUUAGAUACAAUUGAGGAAUUAUGUGGUCAUAUUAAAAUGGUGAAGUACUCAAUAUCAAAAGAAAAAUCGGAGAUCAAAACUAAUAAUACAGAAAUUAUAGAAUCAGUAAAAACAAAAAAGGUUUUACCUAAAUUACCUAAAAUCGAUAUAAUUAAAUUUUCGGGUGAUCCCCAAACAUGGCCUGUGUUUUAUCAAACCUUUAAAACGCUAAUUCACGAUAAUCCCGAUAUUGAUGAAUCUUGUAAAAUUCAUUAUCUUUUAAGCAAAUUGGAUGGAAAAGCUGCAAUAAUUUGUUCUGGUAUACAACCAAUCGCGGAAAACUAUUCAAUUAUUUGGAAGAUUUUAGUUGAUAAAUAUCAGGAUAAAAGAUUUUUAGCAAAUAAUUAUUUAAAACAAAUAUUAGAUUUUAAAUCAAUUCAAGUAGAAUCUACAUCUGCUUUAAACAAUUUUAUAGAACGAUUCGAUACAUCUGUUAGUGCAUUAAAACAAUUAAAUAUUGCUGAUUUAGCUGAUUUAAUUUUAGUUUCCAUAGCCUUAUCGAAAUUAGAUAAUUCAACACGAAAAUUGUUUGAAAUGUCAAUCAAGGAGGUUGAAUUACCAACAUACCAACAAUUAUCUGAAUUUAUUCGUAUACAAGCGAAAGUAUUGUCUCGAGUUUCCAAUACCGGGGGCCACAUGACAAAGUUUUCUAACCCUAGUUGUAGUAGCUCCAAAAGCACGCAUGCUUUUACAAGUAUAAACGCAACAAAUUCUAAUUGUCCUGUUUGUCAAAAGCAACCGCAUUUAGUAUAUACAUGUCCAAAGUUUAUUAGCCUUACCCCAUCCGAAAGAUAUAAUUUAUCUAAAGAAAAAUCAUUAUGUCUUAACUGUUUGAGUAAUAAACAUCAUAUAGCAAAGUGUAAAUCUACAAAUUCUUGUUCAAAAUGUAAAGUACGUCAUCAUACUCUUUUACAUUUCGAAAAAUCACUCACAAGUGGCGAAAACACUGCGCCUUCUUUAUCGUGUAGCUCUCAACAGGAUGAAUCAUCUUUUGUUGAUAAAGAAACUACUAAAGAAUGUUUUACGGUUCAAACUCCAGUUUUGAAACAAAAUUACACAACGCUUCUUUCGACUGCCGUAGUAAAAGUUUGUCUACCUAAUGGGAAAAGUAAUUCCAUUCGCAUUCUACUGGAUUCUGCAAGUCAAGGAGAUUUUUUAACUGAAAACUGUUGUAGAAGAUUAGGUUUAGUUAUUAAUAGAAUACACGCAUCAGUUGUUGGAAUAGGAGCUAACCCACAUUACGUUAGGGGUCAAGUUCAAAAUAUCGCAAUUUCUUCUAGGUUUAAUUCGCAAAUUCAGUGUGUUAUAAAUGCGUGGGUUGUCGAUAAAAUUACGGAUAAACUACCUACCGCUCAUGUAAAUACUAAACACCUUGAUUAUUUGAGGGAAUUACCUUUAGCAGAUAGUGAGUUUGAUAAAUGUCGUGAGGUUGAUGGAAUCUUAGGGGCACAAUGGUUUCCAAAAUUGAUUGGAAUUGGAAAGGUUUCGGCUGCUCCUGACUUACCAUUUGGUUUACAAACUAGUUUAGGAUAUGUAAUAAUGGGUAAAACGCCCAUUUUAGAUGACUUGAACCUAUGUCAAAGUUUCUGUACUUUGAUUGAUCCGCCAAUUGAACAAAUAGUAGAAAAAUUCUUCGAAAUCGAAGAAGUUCCAAUGGGUAAAAUAGAUAGCCCAGAAAAUAUAGAAUGUGAAAAGCAUUUCACAAAAACGCAUAUUAGAGAUUUUACAGGUCGAUAUUCCGUAGCUCUUCCUUUUAAAGAAGAUCCUUCGAAUUUAGGGGACUCUUAUAGUAGUGCCUUAAAAAGAUUUAUUUCGUUAGAACGAAAGUUAGAUGCAUCACCACAACUUCGAAAACAAUACAAUGAUGCAUUUAAUGAUUAUUUGAUUCAAGGACACAUGCGCAAAUUGGUCGAUAAUUGCAUAUCUGAUAGAAGUGGUUAUUAUCUACCCCAUCACCCUGUAUUUAAAGUAGAUAGUACUACUACUCCAUUGAGAAUAGUGUUUGACGCAAGUUGCAAAACAAAUUCAUCUUUAUCAUUAAAUGACGUAUUACAUACAGGGCCUAAAUUACAGACAGAUGUUCUUGGAAUGUUUCUAAAUUUUAGAUUAAAUCAGAUAGCAUUCACCGCGGAUAUACGGCAAAUGUAUCGACAAAUUAAUUUAUGUCAGGAACACACACGGUUUCAACGUGUAUUAUAUAGAUUUGAAUCCUCUGAAAAUAUCGAAACUUAUGAGUUGACAACUUUAGCCUUCGGGGUCAAACCGUCGCCAUUUUUAGCUUUACGUGUAGUUCGUCAGUUAGCCAUGGACGAGGCUAUCAAAUAUCCUCAAGCUACUGAAAUUGUUUUACGAGAUAUGUAUAUUGACGAUUUAGUUUCAAGUACAGUUAACCUUGAAAUAGCUAAAGAUUUGUGUGCUCAAUUAGUAAAGGUCUUUGAAGCGGGUGGUUUUAGCUUAGUUAAAUGGUCCAGUAAUUCAAAAGAAUUACUUACUCAACUACCUAAGACCCAAAGCACAACGAAUUUAAUAGAUUUCGAUUCAAAUUAUUUAAAGGUAUUAGGUAUGAAAUGGUCGACUAGUUCAGACCAUUUAUUAUUUUCCGUAACGGGUUUAAAUAAAAAUUGUAACAAACGCAAUAUAUUGUCUACCAUAGCUCGCAUAUUCGACCCGUUAGGUUUGUUAGGUCCAGUUACCUUAUAUGCAAAAUUAUUUAUAAGGAAAUUGUGGUCCAUUAAAAUAGGUUGGGAUGAAACCCCUCCUGAUUAUUUAUUAAAUCAAUGGAUGAAAUUCCAAAUAGAACUUCCACUUUUAGAACGAUUUUCGAUUCCGCGACAUUUAGGUAGAUUUGAAAAUUCUAUAUUAACGCUUAUUGGUUUCGCGGACGCUUGUGAAACAUCGUACGCGUGUACUGUUUAUUUGCGGUCUGUAUCGAAUCAAAAUAAAUCAAUUAAAACUGUAUUAAUUUGUGCGAAGUCGAAAGUUUCACCGCUGAAAGUUGAAACUCUAGCGCGCUUAGAACUUUGUGCUUGUGUUAUGUUAGCAAAAUUAAUGAGUUUUGUUUUGAAUACUUUCUUCGAUCGUUGUCGCAUAACUAAAAUAUUCGCAUUUACGGAUUCGAUGGUAGCUUUACAUUGGAUUAAUGCAUCUCCUCAUAGAUGGAAAACUUUUAUCGCGAAUCGUGUUGUUAAAAUCCAAGAUUAUUUACCUACCAACGUUUGGUAUCAUGUUGAAGGGUUAAAUAACGCAGCUGAUUCAAUAUCACGGGGCAUGACUCCAGAAAAAUUUCUUGAAGUUCAAACGGACUGGAUAUUCGGUCCAUCGUGGUUGCAAUUAGAUGAAGAGUAUUGGCCAAUUAAAUCGUUCGUAGAUUUAGAGAAUGUGUCAAACGUUCCUGAAGAAAAAAUAGUUUCCUGUCCAGGAACAGUACAACCCCCUGAUCAUCCUCUAUAUACCCUAAUACAAAAGCAUUCUUCAUGGUCGAAAUUAUUACGCUCCACCGUUAUAGUUUUUCGGUUUAUCAAAAAAUUACCAAUUACAAAAGAUUUUAGUUUAAAAGAUUUAGAAUUUGCAGAACAAGCUCUAAUUCGUGUCGUACAAAAUAUUCAUUUUAAAGACGAUAUACUAGCUUUAAAAAAUAACCGUAUUUGUUCGAAUAGAUUAAAAAAUCUAUCACCUUUUUUAGAAAAUGAUAUAUUACGCGUUGGUGGUAGAUUGAAACACGCUUCUAUACCUUAUGCACAUCAGCAUCCUGUACUUCUACCGAAAAAAGAUCAUUUUUCAUUCUGGAAGCGUUGGAAGGAGGAAUAUCUCAGUACACUGCAGGUACGUCAGAAAUGGAACACUCCUGCAUGCCCAGUUCAAAUUGGACAAUUAGUGAUAUUGAAGCAAGAUAACUUGCCACCUUUACAUUGGCCUAUGGGCAUAAUUGAGAAAGUGUAUCCUGGUACUGAUGAAAAAUACAAGGCGUAUACCGAAUUCAUGGAUGAAUACAUUUCAUUAUAUCACAUGUCAAAGGCAACUAACUCAUCAAGUUACAUAAUUCCCCAUCAUUGUGUCACUAAGGACACUAGUACAUCCACCAAAUUACGUGUUGUUUUUAACGCAUCGGACCCAGGUUAUAACAAAAUUUCUUUAAAUUCAUUAUUGUUGGCCGGUCCUAAAUUACAAAACGAUAUCUCGGAUAUCCUUUACUCAUUCCGUUUUAACGCAAUAGCCUUGUGUUCUGAUAUACGUCAAAUGUAUCGACAAAUUUUGGUACGUCCAGAAGAUCGUACUUAUCAGCAUAUAUUUUACCGACCAUCCACUGAAUCCGACGUCGUUGAAUUUGAACUAAAUACCGUAACAUACGGAUUAGUUCCUUCCGCUUUUCUUGCACAAAGGUGCCUAAAACAAUUAGUUAUCGACGAAGGCAAUCAUUAUCCUUUGGCUUCUCAAGCCUUUCUGCACAACACUUACGUUGAUGAUAUUAUUACUGGUGCUUCGUCUCCUGAACAAGCCAAAACUUUACUGAUACAAUUACAAACUUUAAUGAGUAGGGGAGAAACUGACGAAGGUGCAAAAUUAGUGCAAAACAUGAAAUCUAGCGAUACACAAGAAAAACCAUCAAAUCCAGAAAACAUGGAUACCUUCGACCAGCCAGGAUGCUUAAAGGAUAACAGCAAAAAUGAUACAAUUGAAACAUUUUUCAACAAAACAAAACAAGAUGAUGCUGACUCCCAAGCAUCCAAAGAUAACGAGAAACAACAAGAAAAACCAAAAAAAGAACGACCUCCACCCAUAAAAUAUAAAGCUAAAGGAUACAAACCAACUUUAGGGUAA